GACGCAGUAGAUGCACAAACCUCUCCAUGCUACGUGCUUUCACGACAGUGAUUACUCCAAUAGCGCUGUUUCAGGACCGCCGCACACUCCCUACUAACAUCGGCUUUUGCCAUCCUUUCGCUCCUGCCUGCUCAGCUUAUCUCUUCUAAAGUGUAGACGCCCAGGUUAGACAGGCUGUGUGAGCGGUUGAACGGAGGAGAGGCUGUUGGGCUAGCCGCGCGGUGUGCGACAGGAAGGCAGACAAGAAGGCCAGCCGCUGUGUUUAUGGUUUGAGUGGAACUGGAAGCUGCGUAACCAGACCUCGUCGAACUGUUGGUGUUCUUGGAUAUUUUUGCUGCAGUCAUUCACAUCCAAACAUGGCUUUAGGAAGCUGCUACGCGUGCAUCAAAUAUCUGAUGUUCGCAUUCAAUCUCCUUUUUUGGCUUUUAGGUUGUGCCAUCCUUGGUGUGGGUAUUUGGCUGCGUGUGGAUCCCAAUGUGGCCAAGUACGUAAACCAAGCAGAGGAGAUCAAUGUGUUCUUCACCCUGGCCUACAUACUGAUGGCUAUUGGUAUUAUCAUCAUGGUGAUUGGAUUUCUUGGCUGCUGUGGUGCUAUCAGGGAGAGCCAGUGCAUGCUAGGAGCAUUUUUUCUUCUCCUGUUCAUCAUCUUUGCCAUUCUGCUAGGUGCCGGCAUCUGGGCUGUUGUUGAGAAGGACACAGUGAUCAGAGACUACGAAACCAAUGAACAGAGUGCCAGCUUUAUGGAUGGAAUUCAGCAAACAUUUGACUGCUGUGGUUCCAAAAUAGGUGCAAAAGAUUAUGACAGAUAUGACAGUGUACCAAAGUCAUGUAUUGCAGAAAAUUAUGAUAAGCCCUGUGAAAAGGAGUUUUUCAACUGGAUUGCAGAACAUCUGAUUGUUGUGGCUGGAGUGGCAAUUGCCAUUGCCAUUGUGCUAAUCCUUGGAAUGAUAUUCUCCAUGGUUCUUUGUUGUGCCAUCAGAUACACAGUCGCACAAGACUAUUGAAAGAAAAAUCAAAGAUAGCAGGUAAACUGGAGCACACAAAGUAUAUUGACAGCUUCAUCAGAUGCAACUGUACCUAUGUCAGGGGAAAUAAUAAAAUUCAACGUCAGCAAAUUACAGCUUUGGACCACCUGGAAACUUGUUUGUUCAGAGUCAUCACGUAAACAAGUAGAAGGAUAGGGUUCUAAGUGAGUCAUUACAGAUGCUGGCUUCAUGACUUCAUAACACUGCAUCAUGGUAAUCAGGUGCUUAAGCGUUUAUCUUAUCACUGUGUUCUGUAUUAUCAAUAUUCUGACAACUGUGUAUUUUGGGUUUAAAGUAAGACAUCCAGCCUUCAAAAAUAAAGUAAUGAAUGACUUUGCCAACCCAGUGUAAAUUAUGAAUUGCUCAAUGUUACAACAAGAUGAAACAACUUUGUGGCUUGUUUAUCCAAUUUGCUAUGUAAAUAGACUUGCAGGAUUCUUUACAGACAGAUGUACAUGCAUGUUUGGUAGAAGGACUGGCACACAGUUGUGAACACUGCCAUCAUAUGAUCACACACUGCACUCUUACCUGAAACAAAAAAUGCUAUCCUGUUUGUGAGGGCCUUUGCAGCAUUUGUUACUUUGUGUCUAUUGUGUCAGGUUUUGUUAAUUAACCAUGUCAAGUGUCUUUGCAUUUAGCAAGUCACAGCUGCUGUCUCUGACUUUCAGACCAUGUUAAUUUUUAGAAUUCAUGUUUUAAAGAAACUAUUUAAUAAUUUAUAUUAAAAUAAUACAUUUAACUAGGCUUGACGACAUUUCUGAAAAAGUGCUAAAAGUGUAGAAAUCUUGAAGCUACUGGAAUUGUAGUGUUUAUUUUGUGUAUGAGCUGCCUUAAGUUUUCAGCUUUGGAAGCUGACAGCAAGAUUGUUCAAUAUUGUGUCUAUUUUUGUAUCUCUCGCAGGUAAUACGCCUGUAGUAUUUCAUUGUUUUUGGUACUAGGUUCUGUAUCUGUUGACUAUGGCUGUACAUGUAUAUGGCCAUUUUUGAUUAUUUGAUUACUAUCAACAACACUGUUAACACUGAUUAUACUUAUGAUACUGUACAAAGUGUCAGCACUUAGAGUACUGAAGAAAGUGUAUUUUAAAUGAAUUUACCUAUAUAUUGAAUGGUUCAUUGUAUAUAUGUAUGAAAUAAUAUUAGGAAUUGUGCAAUUUAGUUUUUUGCGAGCAAAUUUAUUAGAGAUUCACACCUCAAUGUUUUACUACUUUGAUAUAGAAAAUAUAACCCAUUUCAGAAGCUAGUAAGAGCUACAAUGAGUUCAGUUUUUCUGUUUAUGUGGUUUUUUUUUAAUGGGUGAGAUCUGAAUAAACCAACACAUUUGUCUCAGAAUGUUCAUAUGCACACUUACAAAUAAAACAUUACUAUGUUAUGAAGCAGAUCAUGCACAGGUUAAACAGUUUAAAGGAUUGGUUUGGAUAAAGCAUAUCGACAUUGUAGUGACUCUUUCAAUGUAUAUGAAAACAUAUAUAGUUGUUUAAAAUCAUGAAUGAUAUACUUCUCCUGCCUGGAAAAGGCUGUCCAGUUAUGCAGCUGCAACAGGUAUCCCUGCUCACUGGUGAAAGUGGGCCUGAGGUUAGCUCUCGUCUCAGCACACUGUUCUUUCUUUGCAUGUGGCAUCUGUUUACAGGGCUGGCUGCCUUGCCGUGCUAUAGUCUUAGUUGCUGGCUCAGCGUAAAAUACCUAUUCCCCCACCUCUCCUGUCUGGAAAAUACCAUGUGACAUUUAUUUAUAAUGAAAACAUACAAUAGAUAAGAAAGACUAUUUUCAUUGUACUAAUUUUAGAAUAAUCAAGAUAAUUGAAAGAUAGACAUUUAGUAUAGUUAUCUUUGCUGGAAGUUACCAUUCUGGCCAACUAUUCUUACAUCAAAUAGUUAUGUUGUAUGUAAAGAUAUAACAGUAAAUAUUAGCAUUGAUAUUUUUACGUUAAAUAACGCACUUCAUUGUUCAAUUUCUAUAAAUCAUCAAGCUUCCCUCUACUUUAACAUUUUAAAAAAGGAAUAAGAUUGCAGAAUCUGCUUACACAUGUUCUCAAAGUGAAAGGUGCCUACUUUGUAUGUGAAAUAUGAAGUAAUGACAUGCAUAAAAAACCCUGUCAAAAGCCAGGUUUAAAUAUUUUUUAUUGUCUUUUUUGGUUGUGAAAAACCUAUCAUGUGGACCUACAUAGUGAAAAAGUCUCUAGUGUUAUUGAUUUAUAAAGGGAAUACUCCAGGAAGCAAGGCAAAGGACGUCAGAACCACUUGGGCCCAACUGAAGGGGGCUGCCCAAAACUGGGUCCGCUGGCGAGGUGUUGUUGCGGCCCUAUGCUCCUCAAGGAGUAACAAGGACUAAACUAUAUAAUCCAGAACGUUUUUCCAUUGUUGUGCGCUCAUAGAUAAAUCUGUUUUGAGUGCUGCUGUCUGUAGGAACAUUUAGUGUACAUAAAUCCUCACUGCGGCGUGAUAUUGCUCGUCGAGGAGUAGCAAGAAAUAAACUAAACUGAAAUCCUCAUUGUUGUGUGCACUGCUUAGCCGUGAGUAGAAAGUUACCCUACAUCCAUCUUUUUUCUCUGACCUUCUGCCUUCUGUAUUUGUUGCUUCAUAUUUUACCUGAUCAAAAAGUAUUGGUAAUUGAAAGCACAAUACACUACUUACUAAUGAAGCAGUGAGAAAUAUUUGACAUUGAAAAACAUGUCACUGGAAGUUUUAAGAAGUGAAGGGUAUGUGAUUUAGAAGUGAACAAAAAAAGGUCUAUAACACUUUCAUACCCAAAGAAACAUUAUGAACACAUAGAUUUCUGUUUGUAUAGAAUUGGAACUAUUUAAGCUAGCUGGAACCAAAGGAAGAAUAAAUACAAGCAAGGUUAACAAACGAGAGGAACAAAAACAUUUCUUUUUACUAUAAGCUGAUGCUUACCUUUUGUCUAGUGGAGAAAAAAGGUUAAAUCCAUGAAAUACAAUGAUUACCAUUACAUUUCUUUGUUUUAAGUAUAUUUAAUUUUUUUAUGAAAAGCUGAUCCCAGUAGAACGAUGUAGCAGAACCAGUCUUUAAGUGUGCAAUAUAUGCUAGUCACUGGAGAUCUGCCUCUACUUACAAUUUCCUCUUUCCUUAUAAUAGGUUCCUCUACAUUAGGUUGAGCUACUUGUGGGCAUUAAGUUGGUGCUUUACAGCUUGUUUUUUUUUUUUUUAAUCUUCAUUCCCACCGGGUCAUUUGUUGUGCAGUAAGGUUGGAUUGUCUGCUUUGCAGGUAUUUAUACAGCAUAAGAUUUUACUGGGAAAAUUUUUGCUCUUCAAAGGGGUAUGUCACUUAUUUUUUUGCACAACUGGUCAUAUGCAUCAGUUUUCAGGUCAUUGCAAAACUCCCACAUGAAUCAGUUGCCAAUUAUCCACUAGGCUUUUUGUCACUGCUAGUAAUUCCAUUGAAACUGUGCUCUUCACUGAUUGUGAAAUCAAAAGAUACAAUCCUUCCAAAAAAAGUUGUGAAAAAAAAAGUGUAAAAAGUGUUACCUCCAUGAAGACUACUUCUGAAGAAUGGAUGCUGUAGGAAGUAGAGUGAGUAACCUUCCCAUUGUCAACCAUCCUGGGGACAUAACUAAGCCCAUUAAUGAUACCAUGGUGCUUAUGUUAAUAAUUCAUGUAAAUAGACAAAUAUGAUAUGUACACAGAGGCAUGUUCCUAUUAUAUUGAAUUUAAAAUAUUACUAUUCUUCAUAUAUUGACAUUAAAACAAAAACUAUUGAGACGAAACUGGAUAUUUUGUAAUUUUUUACUAAACAUAUUUGCUUAUCACAGUCCUUUUUUUUCUCACUGAAAGUCAUUACUUUGUGUAAAAGGAUUAAGCAAAAAAAAAAUUUAAUAAAAUUAUGCCAUAAGAGAGAUUCAAAUAAUAUUUACUUAACAUAGUAUUUGCUUGUCAUAAGGGUUAUGCCUCGACAUUCUUAUUAACAUUUUUUAAAACAAAUUUGUAGUUUUAUAAUGUAGGGCUUGAGAAAUAAUUAGUUUUGUGAUAUAAUUGAAAAGAUGAUCAUUUUAUUUCAAGAGCUACAUGAUUAAAUCCAGCAGCUGAAUAUCAAGGGGUGUACAAGUGUGAGACCAAUAUGGUGCACAACUAUCAAUGGUGUCAUGUCAGAAAAGGAUAGUUGCACCACAUUGGUCUGCUAUUAUUUUAAUGAGCUAUGACAAUACCCUAAUCAUGACUGCAGGUUCCCCUUCAUCUGUUGAUACCUGUUAAGGUUUAUAGUUGAAUAGUUGAAAAUAAAAUUAUCAUAAGACUGAGUGGAUUCAGUUGUGUAUUGGCACUGCUGCUCUUGAUAUACUUCUUUGGAGACAGACAUUGCUUUCUUCAAUGUUCAAAUGGUGUGGCCUUGUUUAUAAAGCACCUGCUUUUUGUGUGGCUCAGAUUAUUUUGAUAUUGUUGGUGUGUAACUUUUAUUAUUAACAAAGUGUAUAGCUUUAAUAUAGAACCUGUAUAAUUGUAAGUAUUUUGUUUUUGUCCUAAAUGAAUCUCAUUUUACUUCAAUUUUUUUUGUAAUAGUUCUGAAAAUCAGAUUAGAAAAGAGAACACUGUGGUUUUAUUGUUGUCUUUGCAUGAAUACUUUCAAAGAUCCUCAGCAUAUCGAUAUUGGAAGCUGCUAUAAAGAGUAUAAGAAACAUUUAAUUUUGAAAAUUUAUCAAUAUGGUAACUGUUGUUUUCCUAGACUUUCUAUGAAUAUUCUGAAAAUAAAUGCUGGAAUUACUA